AAUGUCUAACUCUGAUUCUCAGAAUCUCACCGGCACGUGUGCGAAACAUGCUGAAUCCAAGCGUCUUCGUCAUCUAUGAUCGGCCUGGAUAUACCAACUGCGAUGUUCUAAGGAGAAGGUAGCUGAAAGACGCCUGACGUUACUCAAAAACGGCGAAGGCGCAAGUCGAGACCUAACAUUCGCUUUCUUCUCUUGAGUCACUAUUACAAUGUCGAGUCCUGCUCGUGUACAACCAUAUAGUGAGCCCUCCAUCGCAUCUCAACGUCACGGUAGCGUUACCAGUUCCAACCAUACUGAAGUCGGGGAAUCUCCACACCGCACAGACCCGUUCAGCGUUGUUAUUUGCGGAGAAACUGGAUCUGGUAAAAGUUCCUUGAUCAAUUUGAUUGCUGGGACGGACGUUGCGGUGACAUCCUGUGAUGCUGCGGGAUGUACAGCUGGAACUAAUAUGCAUGACAUUUCGGUGGUUCGGAAUGAUACGUUGAAGGUAAAGCUCAUCGAUACAGCUGGUCUGGAUGAGGGCACUCACGGGACGGUCCCAGACAAGGAAGCUCGAAAAAUUUUGAAGAAGCUCCUUCGAACUCUGACGGAGCAAAGCGACAUCCAUCUCGUCAUAUAUUGUGUGCGGGGUGAGAGAGUGAUUCGGACACUCCGCAGGAACUAUGAGUUGAUCCGCUCCCAAGUCAAAGGGAAAGUUCCAAUUGUCCUUGUCGUCACAUGCUUGGAAUCCCGCCAACCAGAGAUGGAAGACUGGUGGAAGGUUAAUGAGCAAACCAUCUCAAAGCUCGGGAUGACCUUUGCUGGCCACGCAUGUAUCACCACGACGACAAUGAUAGGACCUAUGUUAAAGGAGCGCCGCACCCAGUCAUACGAUGCUGUCUGCAAACUCAUCGAGCAAAGUCACCCAUCGAAUAACACAGGGGUUCAUACCGGAUUGUCACCAGGCGCUGUCCACCACGUCUCUUCUAAAAAGGCCGCGAGCACCAAGCAUCCAAAUGUUGUCGUCUUUGGUCAGGCAGGGGCAGGAAAAAGCUCACUCAUCAAUCUGAUAGCAGGAGAGAACCUAGCAGAGAUAUCCCGUGACAUGACACGCUGCACGCUGAAGUGGGAAGAAUACCCCGUCAAAUUCGGUGGCGGCUCUUACAAUAUAUUCGAUACUGUCGGACUCGAGGAACCACAGCUAGGAAUCCCACAGUACCUCGAUGCUGUCGAGAAUGCCCAUAACCUCAUCCAGAAAUUGGAGAGACAAGGUGGUAUUGAUUUACUUGUGUUCUGCAUGCGCGCAGGCCGACUCACCGCUACGCUUCAAAGCAAUUACCGGCUCUUCAACGAAUUCCUCUGUGAAAAGAAGGUCCCCAUCGUUGUCGUAAUCACACACCUCGAAAACGAAGUCGGGGAGAUGGAUGCCUGGUGGAAGCGAAACAAAGCAACUUUUCGCCACAUGGAGUUCCAUGUCGAUGGUCAUGCGUGCAUCACCGCUGUCCGAGGCAAUUAUCCAGAACGGCAUAAGCAAUCGCGCACCACGAUCCAUAAACUUGUCAAGGAGUUCACUGCUGACGGGCAGAAGCGAACAUGGAAAGGAGGAGACAAUUUGUUCGUGUCGUUGGUGCAAAAGCAGAUCGGGUUACUUUUAGGGAAAUCACGUUCGAAGGAUAUUGUACCUCGCCUCAUUAAGAGGUGUGGUUUGUCUUCAGACGUCGCAAAGCAGUUGGCUGAUAGAAUCAACAACGACGUAGUAGGAGCUGCUUGACUUGACUUCCCGUGUUCGAUAGCUCGUGCCCAUUCCGGUGUGAACUCACCUUGCCGAUAUCUUAUAACUUAUUACACGCAUAAUGGUUCUACUCUUUGAAAUUCUCAAUACAUUAUGCAUGUCGAAUCUG